CUUCCGCCUGCGGUAGAAUUGCUGAGGCUAGUACCGCCGCCAUUUUGAAUGUCUGGUCCGUUCCUGCUUCCGUCGAUUGAGAAGAUUGCACUUGUUUUCUGGUAUCAUAACGGCUGAGGAUGCCAGCUCCGAUCAGACUGCGGGAGCUGAUCCGGACAAUCCGGACGGCUCGAACCCAGGCAGAGGAGCGUGAGAUGAUCCAGAAAGAGUGUGCUGCCAUUAGGUCAUCCUUUAGAGAAGAGGACAACACAUAUCGCUGUAGAAAUGUGGCCAAGCUGCUUUAUAUGCACAUGCUGGGGUACCCAGCACAUUUUGGACAGCUGGAGUGCCUGAAACUGAUUGCAUCACAGAAGUUCACAGACAAGCGGAUAGGAUACCUGGGAGCCAUGCUGCUCUUGGAUGAAAGGCAGGACGUCCAUCUAUUAAUGACGAACUGCAUCAAGAAUGAUCUAAACCACAGCACACAGUAUGUGCAGGGACUAGCCUUGUGCACCCUCGGCUGCAUGGGCUCAGCUGAAAUGUGUCGUGACUUGGCCGGAGAAGUAGAGAAGCUCCUCAAAGCAUCAAACUCCUAUCUGAGAAAAAAGGCAGCGUUGUGUGCUGUCCACGUCAUCCGUAAGGUCCCAGAGCUGAUGGAAAUGUUUCUGCCGGCAACAAAAAACCUGCUGAGCGAGAAAAAUCAUGGCGUUCUCCACACAUCCGUCGUUCUGCUCACUGAAAUGUGUGAGCGAAGCCCUGACAUGCUCUCUCACUUCAGGAAGCUGGUUCCACAACUCGUACGAAUCCUAAAGAACCUGAUCAUGUCAGGCUACUCCCCUGAACAUGAUGUGUCCGGCAUCAGUGACCCUUUCCUGCAGGUGCGGAUAUUGAGGCUACUGAGAAUUCUGGGAAAGGGUGACGACGAUUCAAGCGAAGCUAUGAAUGACAUUCUUGCACAGGUUGCAACAAACACAGAGACGAGUAAAAACGUAGGCAACGCUAUCCUGUAUGAAACGGUUCUUACUAUUAUGGACAUCAAAUCAGAGAGUGGAUUAAGGGUUUUAGCCAUAAACAUUCUGGGACGUUUUCUUCUCAACAAUGACAAGAACAUCAGAUAUGUGGCAUUGACAUCUCUACUGAAGACGGUUCAGACGGACCACAAUGCUGUGCAGAGGCAUCGGAGCACUAUUGUAGACUGCUUAAAAGACCUUGACGUGUCCAUUAAAAGGCGUGCAAUGGAGCUGAGCUUUGCCCUGGUCAAUGGUAACAACAUCCGGGGCAUGAUGAAAGAGCUUCUAUAUUUCCUGGACUCCUGCGACCCUGAUUUCAAAGCCGACUGCGCCUCGGGGAUCUUCCUGGCUGCUGAGAAAUACGCCCCUUCUAAAAGAUGGCACAUAGACACCAUUAUGAGGGUUUUGACAACGGCAGGGAGUUAUGUCCGGGACGACUCUGUACCCAACCUCAUUCAGCUCAUUACAAACAGCGUAGAGAUGCAUGCCUACACUGUACAGAGACUUUACAAAGCCCUGCUGGAUGACAUCUCACAGCAACCUCUAGUCCAGGUGGCAUCUUGGUGCAUAGGGGAAUAUGGAGACCUACUGGUCUCAGGCCAGUGCGAAGAGGAGGAGCCUAUUCAGGUGUCAGAAGAUGAGGUCCUUGAUGUUUUGGAAGGUCUUCUUGUCUCUAACUUGUCCACCCCUGUAACGAGAGGUUAUUCUCUUACUGCUAUCAUGAAGCUUUCCACCCGUUUCAGCAGCGUGAAUCGAAUCAAAAAAGUGGUUUCAAUAUACGGUAGCAGCAUAGACGUGGAGCUGCAGCAGAGAGCUGUGGAAUACAAUGCACUUUUCAAAAAAUACGAUCACAUGAGACCCGCGUUACUAGAGCGAAUGCCUAUCAUGGAAAAAUCUGCCACUAACGGCCCAACAGAGAUCGUGCAGACCAAUGGGGAAACAGACUCAUCCAUAAUAGACACAAAACAUCCGCCCAACAUCACUCAGCCAGCCAAUCAGGCAAAUGAUUUAUUAGUCCUACUCGGAGGUAAUGAUGUGGUACCUGUUAUCCCGACUACUGUUCCCACAAAACCUGCGUCAGCUGGAGGGGAAUUGCUGGACCUGCUGGGAGAUCUCUCUCUGUCAGGCGGUCCAACCCCUACCCCUGCUCCUUCUGUGCCCAUGUCUCAGCCCCCUUUCCUUUUGGAUGGUCUCAACUCGCAGCCCCUCUUCAAUGACAUAACAGCGGGCAUUCCACCAAUGACAGCAUACAACAAAAAUGGCCUGAAAAUAGAGUUCACAUUUGAGAGGUCCAACCCCAAUCCCAAUAUUGCAGUUAUCACCAUCCAUGCCACCAACUCCACUGAGGCUGAGAUGACGGACUUUGUGUUCCAGGCUGCAGUACCAAAGACAUUCCAGCUGCAGCUUCUUUCCCCCAGCAGUAAUGUAGUUCCAGCACUCAACCAGGGAAGUGUCACACAAGUCAUCCGGGUUCUUAACCCACAGAAGCAACAGUUGCGAAUGCGGAUCAAGCUGACGUACACUCACAAAGGCUCUCCUGUUCAAGACCUGGCAGAGGUCAACAAUUUCCCCCCUCAGUCCUGGCAGUGAUUUUGCUACCCCUCUCUAUCAUAAAGACCCCCAGCAAGGGAACUAUGGGAAAGAUGGCCCCUCCCCAUUCCCAAAUGAUUCCCAUGACAUCACCACUGAUUGCUGCCCUGGGGUUGCAUGGGAAGCAGUGGAAUCUUUCUGACACAGUCAAGAGCUGAUGGUAUGAAGACUAUGAUGAUGAUGAUGAUUACAGCGACAAUGAUGAAGCAAAAUCACAAAUCUCUGAAUACAUAUCGUUUUACUUUUUUCGCCCGUCUGUUUUCCCUCUCUCGUUUGGGGUUAGUGCAACAUGUCCAUACUCACCCUUGCACUUAGCAUCGUGCACUCUCACUCAUACUCUUAAUAUAAAGUGCACUCCCACAAAUCAGUCACCUCACCGUGCCGCCCAAGAGUCCAUACGUGGAAAACAUCACUGGUGGCCACUAUAGAACGGAGCUGUUUGGUAUGAGCAAUCGUUUAAUUUGUCUUUUGUUUGAUGUUUUUCCCCAUGUUUUUAAUCUUGUUAAUGGGCUUGGUGUAUUUUAAGGAAAAAAAAAAUGAUUGAACUCUGAAUGAAUUGCAAAGUCAAUGCACCUUAGGCAUUUCAGAAUCAAGAGUGUAAAGUGGGUUGUGAUGGCGCCUUAAAUUGUCAUUGUACAUGGCAUUUCUUAAUUUUCCUAAAAGGUUGUCUCUCUACUGAUCUUAUGUCCUGUAAUAAAGUAUACCAGAUGAAUGCUUCAGAUAAAAGAUAUGUCGUGGCUAUACCAUAUUCAUACGAUAAUAUCCGGCUCAUCGCCGGUCAUGUACAAUAACUGAUCUGUCCAGAAGUGCACAUGAAUAGGCAAGUUUUUGAAUUAUUGUUUUAAGCAGGACUGCUUAUAAAUGUAAUUGACAAUGUGUUGUUUUUUUUUCUGAAGCACCUCCAUUUGAGGUAAACUAUGUGAUGUGACUGAGAAGUCCCGAGGGAGGAUGUUGCUUGUUACUGUGCUGUUUAGAUUACCUUUAAGUUAUAUAAAAUAUAGUUUUGCAUCUUCUAAGCUAGACACAUUUUCCCAAACCUUUAAUUCGGAAUUGUUAUUACGUUUAGCCUCUACUCAUCACGAAUAGUGUGUUCUUGUAUUGUUGAUGAAAUAAUAAGUAUAAUAAUUAGCAUACAUAAAGAUCGCAACCUGUUAAUUGGUAGUCGAACAGUGUGAUUAAAAUUUUAAAUUGAUUUCUUAAUAAAUUAACGCAAAUAGGGGCCCACCAAGGUAAUGGUCAGCAUAGAUGCUGUAUAUAUAGACUAUGAAAAUAAGGCCUUCAUGAAUGUAGUUUAUGCACUGAAUGGACUUUUUUUUUUCUUUUUGACUAAAGGUUUUUUCUGCAGUGAUUUAAAGUACAGAAUUAUUGCCUGAUUUAAAGCAAUGUGCCUUUUGUCAGCUGGUUUAAAGAAAACCCUUAGAUGCCUGCGAAGACGAGCAGUUAUCCUCAAAGGAAGAUUUCUGAAGAGUAGAGGACCUUUUUUGUUUUGCGGUCAUUUCACUUGAGAGGGCAUAUUGUCGAUGUGUGUUAGUCUUUGUGUACGUGUGGGUCCCAGGCUGUCUUGCAGCUUCCAAAGGCAUUUAGUAACAUUAACCUAAAAAAUACCUCACUUUCUUUUUUGUCUGUCGGCUCUGGAGAGCCCCAUGACUGUUUCAUCGAAUGCUCUCGGUGGGAAACCUUAGCGUCCGUACACUCUCGCUCUUCAUUUUAACCUUUAUCACUUUGUGUAAUUACAUUGGCUAUGCCACACUGAAGUCUGGUGACCAAAUCAAGAGAUGUUAUUUGGCUGUGGGAAAUAUUUUUAGCAAUGUUAUGUAUAUGGAGAACAAUGAUUUCCUUCUAUUGGCUUCUAUGUCUUUUUUUGCAACGAUGAUGCUUUCUUGGCUUUUGUCUGUACAUACCGAGGGCUUUUAAGAUGCAUCACCUGUUUCUUUUCAUCCCCUUUCUUUUUAGGCGGCAUUCUCCAAAACUUCCUUCCAGUUCUGCACAGUGUAUAAUGUUCGAAGCUCUCCCUCAGAAAAUAGUCUAAUUUAACAACGUACCUGUUUGAUUGUUUAUUGGAAAGAAAUGUACUAUGUGCUGCCUGUAUAUUGUAUAUAAUUGUAAAACGCAUCAAAAAGAUCAAAUCAAAUAAAAGUCCCAUUUGAAGACCUA